UUAACGGUUGUGUUGACAUUUUUAUUGCACCCUAACAUUUUUUAAUCUGUAUAGGGGGAAAAAAAUUGUUUUUUUUUUCCGUUUUAAAAAAAGAAACCGGGGUCUCGUGAUAUCCGCGUUUUCAGCGAUUACGGCCGCAGUUUUUUUUGUUGUUGUUUUGUGUCGACUCGACCGCCGGAUCGCUCGACCAGUGGAAACGUGAUAACCGUCGCAUUUGGUAAACAGUGGAAACGGACCCGAUUUGAAAGUGGAUUUCGAGCGUGAGAUCGCUACUCGUGGUGUUGGGCUAUUUCGACAAAAGCCCGGCGCCUUUUUCCCAGACGGAAAAACCCCGGGAAAUCCGGCCGAUUUUCCUAUUUUUCUAGAGCAAGGUUAAGUUGGCGCGCGAUGCCCGCACCCUGCUGAACCCGGGCCCACCUCCGGCCGGACCGUUGCCGUGAUCCGCCCCUGAGAUGACAAUCGCCACGAGCUAGGCAAAGCGUUCCGAGGAUGGUCUCGCCCCAGAAGAAGAAUAAACCGGAGAAGAAGAAAACGCCUGAAGAGCUCGUCAAAGACAACGUAUCGAAGAAGGCGAAGAACACCGCCAAGCCAUUGAUCAACAAGAAGUUCUACCUAGAUAUCAGAAACCACGCCACUCUCAAGAGAAUUGAAAGCAAACUCACAGAACUCGGAGCAACACUUGAAUUAUUCUUAGUGAAGGAAGUCAACUACGUUGUAACCGACCGUGAAAAUUAUUUACCAGGGCGAAAUAGCUACUCCAACGUUCCAACACCGUCUCCUUUGCCGUUUUGCAGUAUUUCACCAGCUACGACAGAUUCUCCUAAAGAUGGAGUGAUCACCUUUAGAGCCCGGUCUCGUGCAGAGACCAUGUUAGAGAGAGUGAAGAACCAGCCACAAAAGACAACUGGAGACAUUUUAGACAACGCUAUCGCCUGGAAAAUUCCCAUAUAUCCUUUGCACAGGUUUGUAAGCUGGUUAGAAAAAGUCGGAAAAAAAGUUGAAAAACUUGCAGGCGACACUGGUUUACUAGUUGGUCGGGGUGUGCGCGAACUUCGAGGUUGUUUUCUCAAGAUUGAAACCACUUCGAGGCCUGAAUUCCGGCAGUUUUCAUCUUGGCCUAGCUUAGGGCUGACUAAUCAUAAAACUAACCAGUUGAAUGGCAAUGACUUGCAAAGAAUGACAAGAAAAGUGAACCGAACUGCGAAAGAAGCUACUUCUGCACCAGGUGGUGGCAAUGGGUACUGUGAGAUGUGUAGAGUGUGCUAUGAUCAGCUAGACACACAUGUGUUAUCAGCACAACAUAGUAAAUUGGCUAAUGACUCUUCCCAAUAUGCCCAACUUGACUCUAUAAUUGCUCAACACAAUUUAGGGGUUGGCGCAUUGAGGAAAUCACUUAGGAUAGCUAAAUCCCCUCCUCCGUACCUACCACCAGAGAUGGGAGGCCGACAAAGUACUGAGAGUGCUUGUAAGCAGUCUUCACCGGUGCUAUCGUCGCCGAUUUCCAUUCCAAAAUUGAACGGUCAUAUCACAAGAUCAACCUCUAGGAUCCACAUGGUUGUCCCGAGAGUUAAUCUCGGCACUCCUGUAUCCCUGCCUCCGCAUUUCAACGGGAUCGAGUUGAGGUCGAAGAAGACACCUUUAAAAGAUACCAAAACGCCGACGAGCGGCUCUGAUCAUGAAGAGAAAACUAAGGUUAAAAAGCCAUGCUCCUCGCCCGUUCCUGUUGCUGCCUCACCUAACAAACAUUCUUCGGCUUCUUCCCCAUCAGUCGAGCACAAUUUGCGAUCGAGGAAAUGUCAGGUGAAGCAGUCAAGCCCAGCAGCUGAAAAUCCUGUUAGGAGUCCAGGCACCAAACCACUUCCAGUGCUGAGGGCGAUUCCAAUAGUUCCAAAAAGUCUUGCGAAAGCACCCGCAAAAUCGUCGAGGACGUCUAACGUGAAUAAACUCUCAUCACCGCCACCUCCACCCCCACCUCAAUCUCAAUCGCCCUCAAAGAGGUUAAUAAAAAAGAGGUUGUCUGUUGAGGAAAAGCUCAUAGAGGAUAACAAGUCUUAUUACAAAGUUGAGGUUUUAAACAGCAAAUUGAGAUCGACUGAUUACUUUAUUUCUCAAAAACAGGUUGAAGCUAAACUCAAUGGGAACAGCACAUCAAACAACAACAACCAGCUCAAGUCUCCUAAUGAGGUUAAAUCUGUGGUUGUUCGGUUUAAAAAAGUGCGUAAGUCCGAGUUGGCCGUAUUGAGCGACGAGGCAGAAAGUUUCAUGUUCGGCGAACCCAAAAAAGAGCUCGAGCAACACUCGUUGAGCGAUGAGAGAGAUGAAGAGUCUGAACAAGAUGCCUCCGAGUCCGAGGAGGAUGUCAAAACGACAAAAAAAUCGAGCAGACGUAGCGAGAGGAGUCAUUCGUCCAGCAAGUCGGAAGAAACUAGGAUCAAAGAGGAGGAGUUCGAUUUAACUAAAGUUAAACAGGAAGUUGAAGACUCGUCCUUUCACGAAAAGGUGAUGUUCUCUUUUGAGAUGAAGCCAAGGCAAGAAAUUUGGAUGACUACUUACCAGAGACAGGCUGAAGGGAAUGAACAUUAUAUUCCUCAAUACCAUACGUACCCCGGUUCAGUCAUGUUGCCGUACGAGUUACCCUGGGCCAAGAGAAAAUACAAGAAAAGUUUCAAAUCGUUUGAAAGCAAAAUCCCUCAACACUUGCUUCAUGAAAAGCCGAGAAAAUCACCUCGAUGCCAUGCAUCGACCCUUGCUAUCAUGUCGUCGUUGAUACCAAGAAGGAGGUUGCAAAGGGAGUGUACCGACAGGCCUGUCAGUUAUGAAGAGGAAUCCUCACUUACAGAAACGGUCGAGUCUUCAACUUCGGCUUCUUCCAUAGCACCGAGAUUGCAGCCGGAAGUGGUCACUAGUGCAACCAAAGAUUUAGUCGAUAUAGAUAAAAUCGACACGGAUCCUGCCACUUUCUUGGGUGUCGAUCCGACGUGUGUCCAGGAAGCUGAACCUCUGAUAAGAAAAGCUGGAUUCGAUCUCAGCCUUGAAGCUCUUCUGUCCAGUAGCCUCCAGGGACCUUCGUUUGAAAUUGAAGAAUCCCAUCCGCCAAACCAUAAAUUGUUCAGUAAUUUACGAUAUGUGAAUAUAGACUCUUGUGCAUCUUCUGAGUGUUCGGAUUUUUUUGGUUUCCUCGACGACGGACGUGUUGUGAGUAAGAAGAGAAAGAGGAAAAAAAGGAACAUGACGGGCUGGCCCAACGAAUCCAAAUACAAAAGAAAACUGAAGGAGAAGGAUGGGCCCUCCUCCUCUUCUUCCAUGUUCACUAUGACUGAUCCCAGUUUCCCCUUUGCCACCGGCCAACACGGCACAAUCCCAUCUUCCUCGCUAAUUUUACCCAGGAAGCGUGGAAGACCCCCAAAAAACCGCUUCAAGCUAGUGACGCCGACUCUGCUCUCCUCUCCCCACACUGCCUCCGCGACUUCGCCUCGGACCCAGGAACUCGAGAGAAAGAGCGAGGAAGAACCAAGGUUGAAAAGGAAACUGUUCAGGAUUUUCACAAAUAGCGUAAACUAGCUAGUCAUAUACGUGCUAAAUAGACUAUUCACUCCUUUCCCUGAUGUAAAUAACUAAUUUAUUAAUAAUACACUAAAGAGAUCAUUCAGAUGGGAAUCUUA